AUGGUAACCUUCAACUCAGGACAGCAAAGAUCAAGAUGCUUCUUCGGUGGUCAGCGCAAUCGCAGCGUACCUACUGCACUACUCUCUCGGUGCCGCGUGUCCCAAGCGGCGCCCACGCAUGCGUUUCUGUCCCUGUUCACCGUGGUGACUUUCCCCAACGGCGGGUGCGCGGGCGCGUCCGGCGACAACGGGACGUGCAUGACUGCGCGCGAGUGCUCGGCGCGCGGCGGCUCCGCCAACGGCUACUGCGCAAACGGCUUUGGACUCUGCUGUAUUUUCAUGACAUCAUGUGGCAGUUCAACGUCAGAGAACGGCACCUACUUCGUGAACAAUGGCUACCCUUCGGCCUUCGACGGAACGGGCUCCUGCGAGCUCACCGUCAUCAAGGCACACCCUGACGUUUGCCAGAUCAGACUGGACUUCAAUCGGUUCAGCAUCGCAGGUCCCGAGCCCAUGAACCACGUCUGCAACCAGGACCAGUUCAUCGUGUCCGGAGGGAACCCCAUACCCACCAUAUGCGGCACCAACCAAGGAAGUCACAUGUACGUGGACGCGGGCAUCGGAACCACCAACCCAGUGAAACUGACCUUCGUCACCAGCGGCAACUCCUUCGAGAGGAUGUGGAAGGUCAAGGUCACGCAAAUACCCUGCAGCACCAUAUACAAAGCCGAUGAAGGUUGCCUCCAGUACUACACGGGUGUGUCGGGACAGCUGCGCUCGUUCAACUACGACCCUGCAUCGGGGCUGCAGCUCAGCAACCAGGACUACGGCAUCUGCAUCAGGAUGGAGAGGAACUUCUGUGGCGUCCAGUACACCGCGUGUCCGGAUAAUGUUAACAACCGUUCUCGAGCGUUCACCUUGAGUGGCAAUAGCAACGGGCCUGUCAACGCUAUGAUCGGCUCUGGAGCUGGACCCAACAAUUGCGCCAACGAUUGGCUGUUGGUGCCCUGUGCCGCCAACGUUGGCAGAAUACAGCCAGCCCAAGCGCUGUGCACAGACAGGAUUUGCGGGGGAACCUUCUCGGCUGACUUGUCUAUGACUGCUUCUACUGUGUUGAGCACAGUGAAGCCUUUCAGGCUGUGGUUUCACACCGACAGCGUGGAGGCGCCCGUCGAUAUAGACAACCGCGGGUUUUGCCUCAACUACGUACAACAACCGUGCACAAAUAAUCUCUUAUAAUCUUUCCACAUAAUAAUAUAGUCCCUAAAAUAAUCGUAGUAGUAACUGCCAUUAGUAAUAAUUUCAAACAGUUUGUAAAUAGGUGUGUGAUUAUGUCAAUGAGCUGUAAUCUGAGGAUUUAUUCAGUAUAACCUUAAAAUCCCAUUUUUAUUUGCGACUUUUAACAAGGGAUUAUACAGGUCCUUGUAAUGGAUUAUUUAGGGAAUAGAAAAGCAUUCUGCAUCGAAUCGAAACCACUUGUGAAGCAGAGAACGAAGGCUAAUGACGAAUAAACUCUUAACCAAUACCGGGUGUAUUGUGUAAACAGAACGUUUGAUGGAAGUUUUAAUACACCGUCUGGAGUUGAACUGAAGUUGGGCGAUAUUCGGGUACGAUGUUAACAUUGCGCAAGCGAGGAGUUUGACUUUGACCAAACUUGCAUUUGAUGUGGCGUCCAAUAUUCGACCAAAGCCAAGAAAUAGAUGAUGCCAGUUGAUCUUACAAAAUAAAUAACUGGGUCACACAGAGAUACUGAGAUACUAUAGCUCAGGCUUGAAGGUUCAAUCAAACCAAUGCGUGCAGCCGGCGUGCACGAUUACUAUGGCGAUAAGACUUAAACGCUUUGAUCGCCAUCGCCAUCGCGCAGGCUGAUCGCGUUGGUUUGGCCGAACCUUUAGUCCACUCCAGUAAACUCAAUAUUCCCAAUUCCUUUUAAGUUAAAUCCUGCUGAUGCCAUUGUGUGCUUACAGCAAAAUACGGAGCCGGGUGUUGCCAUUGUCCUUUACAACUGAAAGAGUUUCUAAGAGUUUAGUUCAUCUCCAGCAUAAGACACGGGAGAUAUUGGAUAAAAAUCUAUU